AUGGCGAGACCUGACUCGGCGAUACGGCAUAUGAUACAAACGAAUGUUGGUAAGUAUCUGUCGUUGUUUUCUUGUCGUUUAAACGUUUGCAUACGUUUAAAAAUAUUGUGUAACCCUUGCUUCUUUGUGGGUGUUAUUCGAGCUGUGAAGUGCCAUUAAUUGUAAUUCUGUACUUCGCCAGAAGUGAAAGUUAAAGAAUUUAGGCUAGUCCACUACUCUACUGCUCUUUUACUUGCAGAAAUAAAGCAUUUGAAAUUCUGUUCAUAGCCUAAUAUUAUUUUCUUGCAUUUCCUACUGUUAACUUGCAUGAAUCAAUGUCUAGAACUUUCCAAAGUUUUGCAAGAAAUUUGGACGAAGGCAGUUUCCCGCCUUGUAAAUCACAAGAAUUUCUUUUAGGCUUUCAUGGAUUUGUGCGUGGUUAAUAUAUAAUAUCUGGCUUGCAAAAGCUCAAAAGAUUUCGUUUAUAUAGUUUUGCGUUCAAAUAUAAACGACUUGUGCAAAAAUGUAGCAUGAAAUCCUGCAAAUAGCUCAAGCAUGUUAUCCGAUAAAUAAGCUCGACCAUAAUGGCGUUGUUGUUUUUAAUGGUGUUUAUUUGUACAAGAAUACACGCGACUAUUGCUGUCUUUUUAUGUGUUUUAUAAAGUUGAACGAAAUACAUUUUGUACAAGGCAUUGUAAUCUUCAAAUAGUUUAAAAACGUUUUGUAAAAUAAAGAAUUUUUGUAUAUGAAUUCUGUUACAGAAGUUAGCCAAGGGUAAAUAUUUGAUAUUGGCUGCAACCAAUGCAAUUAUUUUGGAUUAAAUUUGUGUACCGUGCCAGGUUUAAUUAGAGAAUUCUAAGAUUAAAUAAUAAGCCUCCUGUAGCUUGGUAUAUUAACUCAUUAAGCAUGUUGCAUUGUGCCCUAAUGAACCCUACUUUAUUAUUUUACUCUGUCUAAGGCCAGACAAUUUUACUCAUCAAGGGGACUGCCCUGCCACUCAACGGGUUAGUCAGACUAUCUGCCCAUGUGUCUAAUUAACCCAUUGUGUGGUGCAGACAUUCCAACUCUCCCGAUUUUACCGGGAGUUUCCCGAAAAUUCAUGCAAUCUCGACAAUCUCCUGGUCUCCCGAUUUUUAUAAAAUUUUUCAGAAUAUUCAGGAAAUAUAGUAAAAAUAUCAUAAACAUACUGUUUUUAGCAACAUAAUAGUCUGUCUUGACCUUUUUAUAAAGUUCCUUAAUGGCAAUUUAUAGGAUCACUUAUAACAACAUAUUCCCAAAAUGCAGGAAACACCAUUUCAGAAGACUUAAUUUUUAUUAUUUUUUCUCAGAAGAACUAGAUUUCAAUUCACUGAACAGUCUCCCUAAAUUUUACCUCCAGUAGUUGGAAUGUCUGGUGGUGGCAUUCUCCCCCUGACAAGUAAAAUUGUCUGGCGUUAGACAGAGUACUUUAUUAUUUUACUCUGUCUAACGCCAGACGGUUUUACUCGUCAAUGGGGGUUGAGAGUGCACUUAUUAAAUAAGUUAAAGCACUUUCAUCGAUUACAUGUCCAUCUCACGGAAAAAGGCUGAAAGCAAUAAUUGUUUUUGAACGCGCUGUCACAAAUUCAAUAUCAGAAACGUCGGUACAAUCACGUCCCAAUUCUGUGCAUCACGUUUUAUGGCUAUUUAUAGAAUAAUAAAGUCAUUAAAAAAAUAUAUAUGAGAAAUAAAAUUCAUUUCCCAUAACCUGUACACUUUGAGACGUGCCAGGUCUGUCUGUUGUAUCUGGAGAUUUUAAAUGAAAACGUGCUCAAAUCACAUCCAAACUAACACAUAGUGUGUGAGUCUGAUGACGUUUCUGAUAUUGAAAUGUGGUCCGUGCCUAAAUGUCAAAAUCAUCACGUGAAACUGCUUGUACUCAGACUGAGACUAACCUGUGCACUUUGAGAUGCUCUGUCUCUUUUGGAUAUAUUAAAUGAAAACGUGUUCAAAUCAAACUAACACAUAAAGAUAAGUACACGUUGUAGUACUGUAGAGGUAAAUUAAUUUUAUUUCGAUUUGCAGUAAGAUCAUAUUCUAGCAAUGAUUUCAGGCACAUAUUAUAGCUUUCUAGGUUAACAAAAUACAUUGGCAGAUAAUUUGGGUAACCCAUUGAUGCACGAGACACACAUCCCCUUGACGAGUAAAAUCAUCUGCAUUAUAGAAGCUUGCUUUGUUGUAUACAAACAUGACGGCUGCAUAGUCAGUCUGCAUUUUAACUUGUGCCUAACUCUCUCAUAAUUUCUGACAAAAAGCCUUUGUUCGAAAUGUUUCAGUUGUAUUUUUCAUGUAGUUAAAUCCCUCUUAAUCGAUAGUUUCCCUGACAAGAAAAACUGCCUUGUUUUUUCUCCUAAUACUCUCCUUCAUAAGUACAAAAUAAAUAUUUGUGGCUGUAGCAGAGUAAAGUAUCGACAUUUGGUGCAUUAAAGGGGCAGUUUCACAGCGCUGAUUGGCUAAAAUAAACGGCGCAAAGAAACGUUUAAAAUUAAUGCUACAUGAUUGGAAAAGAUGUAGCAGCCUUCAAUUUUUAAAACAAAGCAAGGAUGUCCUGCAUAACAAAGGGAUUAUAAAUAGUAUAUCGUAUUUCACUCCUAACUUGAUUAAUUGUUGGCAGACAGUUUUUCAAGUUCGCGCAUAUUUUGGAUGUGCAGUAGAACCGUGACACUGCCCCUUUAAGACAAAUUGCAGCUUAUAAGCCAUUUCGCUCCAGCGCUCUCCCCAAAACGAAUAAAAUCGUCAGGUGUUCGACAGAGUAAAGAAACAAAGUAGGGUCAGUAAGGCACAUUGUGGCUUAAUGAGUUAAUGUUUUUGUUUAUAUUUAGAAACUCAAGAGGAGAUGAACAUUCGGACCUUUACAAAAUGGAUAAAUUCAAAACUUGGUGGGGUAAGGAACAUUUCUGUGCAUAUAAUGGACUAUUUUUCUGUGCAUAUAAUGGACUAUUUUUCUGUGCAAACUCCAUAUAACAUCAACUUUUAUUCUCACAUUUAGAAAGAACCUGUUGUUAAGGAUUUGAUCAAAGAUUUACAAGACGGACGUGUCCUCUUGUCGCUUUUAGAAGUUUUGUUAAAAGUUAAACUGGUAAGUAUGUAGCACAGUUGGAUACGUACGUAGUAUAUUAAAACCGGGCAGUAAACAGUUAAGUUAGGACAAAUGUACAGCCAAGACAAAAAGUGGUUGCCGAAUGGACAUUUUGCAGGUUUUGUUGGACUUAACUUUGCUUACUUGAAUUAGCAGUGCUUAUAUAUAUUAAGAGAUAAUCACUUUACCUUUAUAACAAAUAAUUAUUAAUCCAUUAAGCUGCAAUGCAUCCUACUUUAUUAUUUUAUUCUGCCAAAUUAACUCUUGACAAUUUUACCCCUUGAGGGAAGUGUCUUGUGCUUUAAUGGGUUAACCAAGCAAUGUGGCAUUUUUUUUGUUAUUUUUCUUUAACAAUUUUGUAAUAUCACGUGGUAUAUAUACCAUUUCAUGGCAAUGCUCUUUAAUUUAUAUAGUAAUGUAGCUACUUUAAAAUGGCAUAAUAUGCUCAGCAAGACAGCAAUACUCCUCAAUACAAACAUUUUGUAAAUAGAAGAAAAGCCCCAAGAUGAGCCAAGCAAAGCUCUUGUGGAAUUGUUACAUCUUUUUUUUUAUUAAAAUAUGUUUAUAUAAAAAAAAACAAUCUGGCCAUGUGCCUUGUUAACCCAUUCAGUUUCAUUACACUCUAAUGUGCCUAAUUUAUUAUUUUACUUUGUCUAAUGCCAGACAAUUUUACUCCUGAAGGGGAGAGUGUAGGCAUUCAAUGGGUUAAUCAUGUUUCUUACAGCGUGGUGAAAAAGGGAAGUUGAAAUUUCACAAAAUUAAUAAUGUGAAUACAGCAUUGAAGGCAUUGGAAGAAAGAGGGGUAAGCAAAUAGAUCUACAUUACUAGUGUGAUUCCUCUAAGCUCUGCACGGUUGAAUCAAUAGGAUCCUUCCAUGAAGUUCAAAAAUUUAACUUAAACUUUAGGCCAAUUGAUCUAAUAUUAAAGCUCAUUUAUUUCUCUAUUGUCAGAGGGAGGGUGGAUUAUUAGAGAAAGGGCGAGGUUUAUUAGAGAGAGGGCGAGGCUUAUUAGAGAGAGGGGGAUUAUUAGAGAAGAUGCCUUAUUAGAGAGAGGGUGGGGCUUAUUAGAGAGAGGGGCUUAUUAGAGAGAGGGGCUUAUUAGAGAGACAUGGGCUUAUUAGAGAGACGGGGGCUUAUUAGAGAGAGGGGGCUUAUUAGAGAGACAGGAGCUUUUUAGAGAGACGGGGGGCUUAUUAGAGACACAGGGGAUUAUUAGAGAAUAGAGAGAGAGGGCUUAUUAGAGAGAGGGGCGAGGCUUAUUAGAGAGAGGGCAAGGCUUAUUAGAGAGAGGGGCUUAUUAGAGAGAGGAGGGCUUAUUAGAGAGAGGGUGAGGCUUAUUAGAGAGUGGGGAGGCUUAUUAGAGAGAGGGGCUUAUUAGGGAGAGGAGGGCUUAUUAGAGAGAGGGGGGCUUAUUGGAGAGAAGAUGAGGCUUAUUAGAGAGAGGACGAUGUAAUGCAUGUACAUUUAUGGUGCCAUCUUGCUACAUUAAUUUUAAGUAAGAUGUUUUGGGGACAUGUUAAAACACAGCAUUUAUGCAAGAAAACCUAAGCCCUGACUAAAAGAUAUAUUUCAGAUGCAUGUGAAAUGAAACGUGAAUGUUUAAUUUUAUUCCAGUUGAAACUCCAUGGAAUAAGUGCUGAAGCUAUUGUGGAUGGCAAUAAGAUAUCAAUUCUGGGUCUUAUUUGGAUUAUCAUCCUACAUUUCCAGGUGAGUAUGUUUAUAGAGAGGGUUUCAUGUUAAAUAAUAAACUCUUGUGCAAAAAUUCUUGACAGAGUUACAGAAUAUUAUUGCUAAUAUAAAAAGUUGUUAUAAUGCAAUUUUUCUCCACUCUCAUGCCACAAUAUUAAUCAAACGAGAACAAGACGUGCAUGUGAGUUGAUGAGACUUAACUGAAUAUUACUACACAUACUAGCAAAACCUCUCAUCAAAAUUUGAACCAGAUAUUGCAUGAAAGUUGAUUAGAGUUUGCAAUCAAACGCAAGCGAGGGUCGCAACCCUCACUCGUGUUUGGCUGCUGCUUCAGAUUGCAUUUUUACUAUAAAACUCUUGGAUAUCUUAGGUGCAAGGUAUUGUGUUUGAAGAAGAAGAAGAUCCAAAGCAAUCUGAUGACCCAUCACCAAGAAAGAAAUCUGUUGCAAGCCAAGCAGAAGUUGAAAGACUCCUUAUCAAAUGGGUGCAGGAUGUACUCAAAGGGCAAGUCAUUUCAAACACUUUAACAUUCUCAACAACUUUAUCCAUAGUAGUUUUGUAG